GUUACGUGCGUGUGUAUGAACUCUGAACAGCGAAAGAGACGCUUGAUGCGUGUUGGCUCCGGCACAUGCUGUCGAAAAGGAGCGACAUGGCCUCUCAAUGAGUCACACUCGCAUCGAUGGGAAGGCUUUCCCCAAGCGCCUUUGUUGGACACUGAAGCGGGACGAGCAGACAUUGCUUUGCACAGGCCGCCAUAGACGGGGUAUCUAUUGGCGCCCUCUUUGGCCAACCGGCGUAGCAUUGGGAACGGGCUCUAGUUUAGAUAGAUCAAAACGCCCGCAGUCUCCUCCCAUCGCCCAUCAUACCUCCAACCAUGCCUUCCCCCCACCUCCUCACCCUCCAAUCCCAUCUCAACACUCUCCUCCCCUCCCGCCCCGCACUCCGCGACAGCAUCCUCCCCACCCUCCUGCACACCAUCUCCUCCAUCGCCGCCUCCCUCCGGACCUCCUCCCACGUCUCCCAAAUCGGCACAGCAAACGCAUUCGGCGACGCCCAGCUCAACGUCGACGUCCUCGCGGAGACCAUCAUCCGAACCGCCAUCAACGAUUGUCCACGUAUCGUUACAGCGAGCAGUGAAGAGGACCCCGUCGAACGUGGAGUGAAUCCGAUCCCGGAAACAGACGAUGGGGAGAUCUACACACUGGCGUUCGAUCCACUGGACGGGAGCUCGAUCAUCGCCCCGAACUGGGCCGUGGGGACCAUCAUGGGGCUCUGGGACGGCCGCACGGCGCUCGGGCCGGACCCGGGGGCGACGCUGGUCGCGGGGAUUUUGGGCGUGCAGGGCCCGCGCACCACCGCGUUUGUCGCCAUCCGAUUGCCGGGGUGUGAGGGGACGUGUUUCGAGGUCGGGUACGAUGGGGAUGAGAUGGUUGUCGUGCGCGCGAAUGUGUCGUUGCGACAGGGAGGGUUGGGCGGGACCCGCUACUUUGCCCCCGCCAACCUCCGCGCAGCCGCCUCCCACCCGGCUUACAUGUCGCUUGUAUCCCGCUUCAUCACCGACUCGUACACCCUGCGGUACAGCGGCGGCCUGGUCCCUGACAUCGUGCACUCGCUCGUCAAGGGUCACGGUAUCUACAUCUCGCCCGUGACCGCAACAAGUACAGCGAAACUGCGCCGGUUGUAUGAAUUAACGCCGGUGGCGCUUGUUGUGGAGUGUUGCGGGGGCGCGGCGGUGGAUGAGGAUGGGCAGAGGGUUUUGGGGAGGAGGGUGGAGGCGACGGGGGAGAGGGGCGGGCUGGUUUGUGGGAAUAGGGAGGAGGUGGAGUUUGUGAAGGGGGUGCUUUUGGGUUGAUUGUCCCGGGGGUGGGGUGGAAAGCGGAACGAGCGUAGGUUGAGGCCUCCGGGGGGUGCAA